AAAAUGUUGGCCAUCCAACAAUAAAAGCCGGUGUUCAGCAUCUCGUGGGUCGGAAGUCGUCACUUAUCCCUUUGGAUAUAAGAUGUGAUGUUGCAACUACGGCCGCGUCAUCUCCGCAACGCGCAUGUCUUCCCACAUGCAGUUGCAUGCGGAGGACGCAUACUUACACCACGCUGGCUUGGCCACAAAGAUCGCCCUGUUCCUACUGGCGGCGCGACCACGACCAUAUCACGAUGGCAGAGCAGUCUUGCAGGGAGGCCUAAAAAAGCUGCUUCCGGAGCUAUUAAACGUGUACCGAGCAGGGACUUAUGCCACAGUCGCUGUUGGAAUAGGUCGUGCAUUCGCAUGGCUGACCUUCAUCGGCGUAGAGAUCCUUGGUCUUCCAGCAGUCUUUUUCGCCGCAGACGUAUCCAACUGGAUGCUACCGCUCGUCCUAGUUGGAGGCCCGGUGCCCAUGAUCGUGACCAGUCUCGCUACAGGUCCCAUGAUUCAUGAUGUCACGAUCAAAUUGCCAGAUUCUGCGCGUCGGUCUAAAGACGCAUUGAAAUCAUUUGUGAAGAGGCUGCCGCCGGACACUGUUGUGCGCGCAAGCUAUAUGAGGUGGAUGCCGUGGCCGCGAUCGUCAGACAUGAAGCUGCGCGACCUGCGACGCAUUCAGCCUUCAUGGAAACGCGGCAUCGCCAAUUUGGAGCAUUUGCCCGGUUCGAUGAAGGGGCAAAAGAAAAAUCCUUUUUAUUGGUUUGCUUACACCAAUUGGGGAAAAUACUACAUCAAUCGAGAACAAAGUAAAGACAUGAGUGCAUCGCCUGGAGUGUGGAAUACGAUCUGGAACCAGAUACCUGAAGCAGACAGUAAAAGCGAACUGGAAGAAAUUCAAAAAGCUGAGGCUAGCCCUGUCGCAAUGGCCAAUCGGCCAGCAAGACACGAAGCUAAGGCCUUUGCAGUGCCGCUGCCUUCAGUAAAGCGAUGAACCACUUACGCCAAUGGUUGUGCUGGCGUCCAAGCAGAAUACAGCUUGACAGCAACGGCAGGACAUGCUUUCUAGAGCUAAAUGAGGACAUCAUUGUGAGCGAGAGAUCAUGGACACGGCU